AUGGCCGCCAAGCUUUCUCUCUCCUUCGUUUUCUCUCUCAUCCUCUGUUUCUCAUCAUCAUCAUCAUCCCAUGAUGGCAUAGACACAUACAUCGUCCACGUGCAAGGAUCUCACAAGCCAUCUCUCUUCACCUCACACAGCCACUGGCACAACUCUCUCCUCCGCUCCCUCCCCUCCUCUCCCCACCCACCAACCCUCCUCUACUCCUACUCACGCGCCCUCCACGCCUUCUCCGCGCGUCUCACCCCUUCCCAAACCUCAACUCUCCUCCUCCACCCCUCCGUCAUCUCCCUCACGCCGGAUCAAGCGCGUGAGAUCCACACCACUCACACCCCCGCCUUCCUCGGCUUCUCCGAUAACAACUCCCCUCUCUGGACCAACUCCAACUACGGCGAAGACGUCAUCAUCGCCGUUCUCGACACCGGAAUCUGGCCGGAGCAUCCCAGCUUCUCCGACUCAGGUCUCGACCCCGUUCCCUCCACGUGGAGAGGCGCGUGCGAGACCGCUCCCGAUUUCCCGCCUUCUUCCUGUAACCGUAAACUCAUCGGAGCUCGAGCCUUCUACAAGGGAUACCUAACGCACCGCAACGGAUCAACGCGCUCGGAGGAAUCGCGCUCGCCGCGGGAUACAGCGGGUCACGGGACCCACACAGCUUCCACAGCCGCGGGAUCUGUAGUGUUCAACGCGAGUCUGUACCAGUACGCGCGUGGUGUAGCGCGUGGGAUGGCUUCCAAGGCGAGAAUCGCUGCUUACAAAAUCUGUUGGACGGGUGGUUGUUACGACUCGGAUAUCCUCGCGGCGAUGGAUCAGGCCGUUACGGAUGGGGUCCACGUCAUCUCUCUCUCCGUUGGCGCCAAAGGUUUCGCGCCACAGUAUCACAAAGACUCCAUCGCGAUCGGUGCCUUCGGAGCGAUGCGUCACGGCAUCGUCGUGUCCUGCUCCGCCGGAAACUUCGGUCCCGGACCCCAGACCGCCACCAACAUCGCGCCAUGGAUCCUAACCGUCGGCGCGUCGACGGUGGAUAGAGAGUUCACCGCCAACGCGAUCGUCGGAGACGGGAGAGUCUUCACCGGAACGUCGUUAUACGCCGGAGAGCCUCUCCGCGAUUCUCAGAUUCCUCUGGUGUACUCCGGCGAGUGCGGGAGCAGGUUAUGCUACCCCGGGAAGCUGAACUCGUCGUUAGUCGAAGGGAAGAUCGUUCUCUGCGACAGAGGAGGCAACGCGAGAGUCGAGAAAGGAAGCGCCGUCAAGAUCGCCGGCGGAGCCGGCAUGAUUCUCGCGAACACGGCCGAAAGCGGUGAAGAGCUAACCGCCGAUUCGCAUCUCCUCCCGGCUACUAUGGUUGGAGCUAAAGCCGGAGAUCAAAUCCGCGAGUACAUCAAACAUUCGAUCUCUCCAACUGCAACGAUCACCUUCUUAGGGACUUUGAUCAGUCCAACUCCCCCUUCUCCAAGAGUAGCAGCCUUCUCUAGCCGAGGACCGAAUCACAUAACCCCGGUUAUCCUCAAACCGGAUGUAAUCGCGCCAGGAGUUAAUAUAUUAGCCGGUUGGACCGGAAUGAUCGGUCCAACCGAUUUAGACAUCGAUCCGAGACGAGUUGAAUUCAAUAUAAUCUCCGGUACGUCGAUGUCGUGCCCUCACGUGAGCGGACUCGCCGCUCUCCUCCGUAAAGCUCAUCCCGAGUGGUCACCGGCGGUUAUAAAAUCAGCUCUCGUGACAACGGCUUACGAUAGGGAGAAUUCCGGGGAACCGAUCGAGGAUCUCGCGACGGGGGGAUCGUCGAACUCGUUUGUACACGGGGGUGGACACGUGGAUCCGAACAAAGCGUUGGAUCCUGGUUUGGUUUACGACGUGGAGGCUAGGGAUUACGUGGCGUUUUUAUGCGCAGUGGGGUAUGAGUUUCCCGGGAUCUUAGUGUUUCUCCAAGAUCCGAGUCUUUACGACGCGUGUGAGAGGAGUAAGCUUAGGACGGGUGGUGAUUUUAAUUACCCGUCUUUCUCGGUUGUGUUUGGGUCGGGUGUGGAUGUUGUUAGGUAUAGGAGAGUUGUUAGGAACGUUGGGAGUGAUGUUGAUGUGGUUUAUGAAGUGGGAGUUGAGGCUCCGGGGAAUGUGGAGAUUGAUGUGUCUCCGAGGAAGCUUGUGUUUGGUAAGGAGAGUAGGGAGUUGGAGUAUGAAGUGACGUUUAAGAGUGGUGUGAUUGGAUCCGUGCCGGGUCUGGAAUUCGGGUCGAUUACAUGGACAGAUGGUGAACAUGUUGUUAAGAGUCCGGUGGCUGUUCAGUGGAGUCAGGGGUCAGUUCAGUCAUUCUGA